AUGUCUAUCCAUUUCAAAUAUACGCUAUCAGUAUUGAUUUUGUUUGUUUGUUCGGUUUGUUUCUCCCAAAUCACCUCUACAGAACAGAAUAAUUUGAAGUUCCUAGGUGAUUUCUAUGCAUAUUACCCAACACUUUAUGAUAAUGUAACACUCUGUCCAGUAUCAAAUCCUGAUUACGCUGACACUGUUGUUUGCAAUAAUUUUCCAAGUGGUGAUGGUUCUUAUGUAUAUCAAAUUGCAUUUACACAAAAGAAUGCAACAAUCGAUCCAGAAAUUAAACCAGAUUUUUCAAUUUUACCACUUGAUUUCCCAAAUAUCAAUUCCUUUAUCUUUUUUAAACCAAAUAUUUAUAAUACAAGCAUUCACCCAAUGACAUUGUUUGGAAAUAUAUCCUCUGCAUCAUGGUUCAGAGUAAUGUCCUAUGUCAAUACUACUUCAUUUGUUGAACCAUAUUACUAUAAUUUUUCAUCAUAUUAUUAUCCUGUUUUGUCUCAAGUAAAUAUUGGUGACAUGCCAAAUGCAACACUCGAAAUGAAUGCACCAGCAGCGACUAUGUCAAUCUCAAAUAUCACCGAUGGAGUUAUCAUUGUAACAAGUACAGUGAUGUUUAGAGCAAGAUUAUUUACUUUCUUUGUUGUUGAUUGGUCGACAAAGGAUUUCGUACUUGCAGGUGCAACUAUAUAUCCGUAUGUACAGAAAAAGAAAAAAGAAAAAGUAAAUGUAGUAGUUGUUCUUCAAAGAUCAAAUAAACUACCGUUUUAUAUUUGUUUUAAAUCUGUUUGUCCAGACCUGUCGGAUUAUCCAAAUUUUUACUUGUCUGCUACCAAUGAUACAAUACCGAAAUAUCUGUAUUGCAACAGAAAGAUCAACCUCACCUAUUUACCACUUGGAUACGCAGCGUUUACAAAUCAAACAGAAACAGGAAUGUGUGGUGCGACUCUCGAUAAAACUAGUUAUUUCGUUCAGAACGGUGUCAUCACUAUCACCGGUGAAAACCUACUUUACAUAAGCAAGUUGUUUAACAGACUAAAUGGUCAAUUAGUACAAAUCGAUCACAGCGACGGAUUGGUAGAAAUCAAUAAGUCAACGACUUAUCAAUACACAAUCCAAUCGAGUGCAAAACAAGGAACUGAAAUAAUCAUUUUCUCUAAAUUCCAUGGAAUUCAAUUCACAAUCGAUUGGUCCAAAGAAUAUUAUAUUAAGAAUGUAACAUUUAGAUUACUUUAUGAUGAAGUUCAUUGGAUGAUAAAUGGUAUCUUUAAUACCAGUGGUUUAGUCGUAGAUAUUGGAAACUAUUCAUGUAAUAUCGUUGAAAGCAGUGAAGAAUAUAUUUAUUGUAUUGUCAAAGAAGAUAUUUUAACUGGUUCAUAUAAUAUUUCCGUAAAAUCAGACUUUUCAGAUAGUUUCUACAUAAAAGAGUAUAUUAAGAUUACUUUUAUUACACAAUUUUUACAAAUUGUAUCAGGUACAUCAAUUAAUAUGUUUGAUGGUAAUUUCACAAACUUGGUCAAACCAAAUGUUUAUUUCAAUGGCACAAAGGUUCAAGUUGUAACUUCGAACACGACAAACAUCAUUUCUCAAAUCUAUCCGGUUUUGCCGGAAGGUUGGUACAAUCUCACUGUGGAAAGUCAACCAUUUGUCUCUACAAACUUCUCUGAGUUCAAAUGGACCUAUCCAACAGUGACAACUGCGAAUAACAGCGGUCUCACACUUACCAUCAACGGUAACUUUGGAUCAAACCUGCGUUUCAUUCAGAUCAAGAUUGGUGGUGAUGUUUCAACCACCACAUCCACUCAAACAACAUCAUCAACACCAACCACAUCAACACCAACAACCAGUCAAACAACAAGUUCCACAACAGAUGUAAUUUCAUCUUCUGGUACAAAUUUUGCUGGUACAACACCAACAAGCAAGCCAGGUUCAAACGUUUUGAUUGCUAUUACUCCAAAGAAACCACCACAAAAUCCAGCAGGUUAUACAACAAAGAAAAACCCUAAUGGUUGGUGUUUUUAA